UUCUGCGCGAGCGGCGGCCACCGGCGGGGAACACGGCGCGAUGUCCGUUCACUGCCAGCAGAGCCCGGUGCUGGCAGGCAGCGCCACUUUGGCCGCUCUGGGGGCACUGGUCCUGUACCUCGCGAAGCCCUCCGGCUACGGGAAGUACUCGGAGAGCCUGAUGCCCGCCGCCACCCGCCUGCCCGCGCGCGCCGCCUGGUUCCUGCAGGAGCUGCCCUCCUUCGCGGUGCCCGCGGGGAUCCUCGCCCGGCAGCCGCGCUUGCUCUUCGGCCAGCCCGCGACGGUGCUCCUGGGCCUCUUCUGCGCACAUUACUUCCACAGGACCUUUGUUUACUCAUUGCUCACUAGAGGGAGGCCUUUCCCAGUUGCGUUUCUUGUCAGAGGGUUUGUCUUCUGCAUGGGAAAUGGACUGCUCCAAGCCUACUAUCUGGUUUACUGUGCUGAAUACCCUGCUGAGUGGUACACAGACGUACGGUUUAGCCUGGGUGUCUUCUUAUUUAUUUUGGGAAUGGGAAUCAACAUUCAUAGUGACUAUAUAUUGCGCCAGCUCAGGAAGCCUGGAGAAGUCAUCUAUAGGAUUCCGCAAGGUGGCUUGUUUACGUAUGUUUCCGGAGCCAAUUUCCUUGGUGAGGUCAUUGAAUGGACGGGCUAUGCCCUGGCCACUUGGUCCCUCCCAGCACUUGCGUUUGCGUUUUUCUCACUCUGUUUCCUGGGGCUGCGAGCCUUCCACCACCACAGGUUCUACCUCAAGAUGUUUGAGGACUAUCCCAAAUCUCGGAAGGCCCUCAUUCCAUUUAUUUUUUGAAGAAACCAGAUAAAAAAGGAACUAAAAGCUCCUACAUGACUGUUGAACACCAUCAAGCUGAUGAGCCUGUAACUUU